AUGAACGCAAGAACUUUCCUCUUGCCUCUCCGACUCACAUUCGACCCUCCAGCACUUAUCGGUCGUUGGGACAGGUCGCGUAUAUCGAACCCCAUUUCAUCACUCCCGGAGCGAUUUGUUAGCUAUUUCCACCGGAAGGAUACAGUCCUGUACACUCUCGCGGUACGCCCCUAUGAGCUAGAAGACGUCUAUGAUGUAAUUUGGAAAGUCUGGUAUCCCAGGCGGGACCUUCAUCCAAAAGUAGACACUGUCUGGGAUGGGUUCUUCUGCCAGCCGAUGAUGCCUGACACAAAGUGGUUUAGGAAAGUUGACUUGGCGCAAAUUGUUGAUUUUCAGGAACAGUUGGUCAAAGCUGUGGAUGCGCAUGAGAAGAGCGAGGCGGACGUGGGGAAGAAGCUGGAUGAUUUGUUGAGACAUGCUUUCAUUGUUCUUGAUAAGGAGGAAUGGGAAACGGAUGGAGUGCUGAUUGUUUGUUGUGAGGAGAGUCUAUUAGAGCUUGGAUUGGAAAAUGAAGGCGGCCAGGCUGUAGAAGGAACGGAUGGCUGGUUUGCUUUUAGCAAGGGUCUGGAGGAUGUUGUCAAGAUGGUGAUUUGUGAUCCUGAAAGAAAGAAGGCUCUUGCACCGGUUCUGGAGAAGUAUCGAGCGCCAAAAUUUCGUAUAUGA